AGGGUAAUUGUAUUGAUCGCUGGUCUGCACUCCAGCACAGUAGGUGGCGGUAAUGCACCAACUGUCGCAAAAAACUCCAUGGAAGACGAAGAAAACAAACUCCAGUGCAUAGGGGGCGGCAAUGCACCAUUAACACUAGAUGCCAACAUCCCUUUAACCCCACCGAAGAGGAAGCAGCAGAAGGAGGAGAAGCAGAAGAAAGACUAGAGCCAGAGACAAGAUGGCGCCUAGAAAGCGAAGUGUCGUUUGGUCUUUUUUCAGAGCCGUAGACGAGAAGAAAGUGACUUGCCUGCUUUGUUUGGAGACAGUUCUUCAUUGCGGUCACACUACGAACAUGCUAAGGCAUUUGCGUACCAAACACCUUAACGAGUACAGCAGCGCAGCAUCAAAAGAUAGGCGGUCUGGGGCAGCGGACGAGAAAAUUCAACCAAUGAUGAUUAGCAAUGGCGAAUAUUGUGAUGUGGAGGUAGCUCUGGAAGAGGAGCAGCCCCCAGAGCAGACAGCUUCUGUGAGUGACGCUGACAUCGCAAGCGCAAUUAAUGGCAUACUGAAGGCAGCAGGGGAUCAUGCUGUGGUUGCUGAUACUGGGGCCGGGUCUGAGGAGAGCCAUGUCAUUGCCGGGGCCACACCAUCUGGCCGAAAGUGGAGCUCCGUGUGGACGCACUACGAGCGUUUAGAGGAUCAGAACCGUGCCCUGUGUCUCAUCUGCAUGGAGAAGAUCCAGCACCAGAGCAGCACCAGCAACCUACUGCGCCACCUCUCCAAGAGGCAUCCAGAGGCCUUUGCUCGUCUGGAGGGUCACAUCAAGAAACAGAAGCCCCGCGCGGGCCAGAUCACAUCUCGCAAAGAUGGUGACUCAGGCCCCAAACACGCCAGCCUCGCAAGGAGAUUUGGAGGGGCUGCACUGAAACAAAGCCCAGUCUCUCCCUCAGUUGAUGUAUUUGAUGUGAUGGGAGCUUGUGAGGGGGAGGUGCGUGUGUUGGAGCGGGAGCGGGAGCUGACAGAGGCCUUGAGAAGGGCUCAGCAGCAGGAGGCGCGGGCCCUGGAGCAGCAAAGAGAGCUCUUGGAGACACUACGUCGGGCCAGCGCCAGAGAGGCAUCUGCAGAGAAGGAGGGCCUGGAGACCCUGAGGAGAAGUCAGGAGCAGGAGGCCCGCUCCCUGCAGAGGGAGAGAGAAGAUCUCCAGAGAGAGAGAGUGGAGCUGCAGAUAGAGAAGGAAAGGAUGCGCAGGGAGAGGGAGGAACUGGAGUGCUUACGAAGACAGUCUGGCCAAGAGAGUAGUCUGGUGCAGACAGUGGACCAAACCACUGGGUUGUUCCAGGGGGAUGUGGUACAGGAACAGGAGGUGACGAUGAGGGAAGAGGUUCUUGGUUAAGGGUUGUUUCAGUAAGCCAUCAGGAUGGUACUGUAAUGUUCAGAGGUUGACCCAACCCUUCCAUAUGAGCCCAACUCAUCACGGCGCAUUCAGACUCUUAACCAGGGGUGUCCAAACAGUUCCACGGAGGGCCGAGUGUCUGCAGGUUUUCGCUCUCACCUUGUACUUGAUUGACUAAUUAGGUUACUAAUUGG